AGUUGUGUUUGUAGCGCGCUUCGUGAAACGUCAUCGAUAUGCGCCGAGAAUUUCUGCACGCCGAGUAUUCUCGCGAGUAACUUUUUUUUUCUAUUCAAACAUCUGACUUGCUGGUUUAAACUCACAAAUGUAGCAGAGGGAGUUCGUAACGAUUAAAUGCAUAAGUGAGUAGCAUUGGACCUCGUUGAGAAUUCAUAAUUCUCUACAAGAAGCAAAACGUUACUGAAACGUUGUUUGAGCAAGAGCCGUACUAGCUAAUUGCUUUUCAAGCCAACUCACUGCUUCUUGCAAACAAUGACGGUUGGGUUUUAAUGUUUUCGCUUCGAUAAACAGUUUCACAAGUUCUGAAUAUGGUUGAUGCUGGGAUGUCGAACAUUACGACUGGAGACAACAUGUCUGCCAAGGAGCCAGGUGAGAAGAAGCGAGACAGUGAGAAAAAGAAGAGAUCUCGAGUCAAACAGUUGCUGGCAGACGUGAAGAGACAAGUAGAAUUCUGGUUUGGUGAUGUAAAUCUCCACAAGGAUAAAUAUCUGCGGAAUGUCAUCGUGCAGUCAAGAGAUGGCUAUGUUGAUAUAUCUCUCUUAACAACAUUCAACAGAAUGAAAAAGCUGACCACAGAUAGCAAGCUGAUAGCUAGAGCUCUCAGAAAUUCAGAAGUGGUAGAGGUUAAUCUUGAAGGAACACAAAUAAGAAGGAAACAGGCACUCGGGGAGAGCCCGAGAGAUGUAGAUGACCGCACAGUAUAUGUUGAACUUCUACCAAAAGAUGUUACCCACGUUUGGAUAGAACGAGUGUUCAGUAAGUGUGGGAAUGUGGUGUACGUUAGUAUCCCCAGGUACAAGUCUACAGGUGAUUCCAAGGGCUUUGCCUUUGUGGAGUUUAAGACUCAAGCACAAGCACAGAAAGCCAUUGAGAUGCUGAACAACCCUCCAGAGGAUGCCCCAAGGAAGGCAGGCAUUUUUCCCAAGACCUUGGCGAGAAAACCAAUUCCUUUUCCUACAGUACAAGACAGCACAAAAGAUGUGGAUGAAUGGAGAGGAGAAGAUGAUGAGGAUGGAAAGAAAAAGAAAAAAAAGAAAAAGAGAACACGCAGCGAGCAGAAAGAUGAUUUUGUUGAAGAAAUGGCAACUGAGAAGGUGACUGACAAUGAGCACGCUGCUGAGACCGAAGCAGCCGGCAGGAAAAGUGCGCAGUCUUCAGAGGGCACUGAGACGGAGAGUGUGACUGCCGUCAAAAAUUCACAGAAGAAGGCAGAUAAGAAAAGACGCCGGUCCCACAGCUCAGAACUGUCUGGGGGAGAAGGCCAAAUGGAGAAGCCCGCCAAAAUGAGGAAAGUGGAUGAGGAGGCGAGUGACAUGAAGGAGCUGUCAUCUGAGAACAAAAAAGAAAAGGAAAUGGAGGAUGGAAAAAAGGAUGAGAAAGAUGAUUCCAUAUUAAAGGCCAAGAGGAAGCGAAAGAAGAAAUAUAAAGAGAGACUGAAGAUUGAGGAAGAGGUUAUUCCCCUCAGAGUUCUCUCAAAGAAAGAGUGGUUGGAGCUGAAGAAGGAGUAUUUGGCACUCCAGAAGCAGUGCAUGGCCAAUCUGAAGAAGAAUAUUUCUGACAUUCAAAAAACAACAGCAUGUGACAAUCUACAAUCUAUUGAGGACAGUGGGAAAACCUGGGGUGAUUGCAACCCUAAAAAAGAAACUCCUGAUGGGCCGAAGUUUGAGAGUGGAGUCAUCCUCAAAAUCACCCACAACCAGCCUUUGCCUAACAAAAAAAGUGUCAAGGACACCCUGUCUGAGAUAUCGGCAGUACAGUACGUGGACAUUGUGGAGGGAGAUGCCGAGGGUUAUAUCCGCUUUAAGACUCCUGAAGAUGCCAGAGCUGUCAUCGCAGCUCGUUCCGAACUGCAGAAAAAGCACAACUGGAACCUGGACGUCCUGACUGGUGAUCAUGAACAAAGGUACUGGCAGAAGAUAUUGGUGGAUCGACAGGCUAAACUGAAUCGACCCAGGGACAAAAAGCGAGGCACGGAAAAGCUUAUUUCCAAGGCUGAGAAAAUCAUCAUCGCUCGGACCAAAGAGGCAAAUAAGCACAUUCGAUUUGACGAUUAACAACCUUUGCAACCAUUUAUUUUUAAAUAUGCAUUGCAUAUGCAAAGCAAUGUUUAACGUAAUUCUUUUUUUUUUUCGUUUUGCACUGAUAAUUGUUUGAUUUGGUUUGAUUGUUUUAAUGACAUGAAUUUUUCAUUUAAAUUAAUAUUGAAUGUUUUAGAGUUGAUAUGGUAAAUGUGUCCCUUUUUUUUUUUUUUUUUUUUUUUUUUUUUUACUGGUUACUGACAUUUAUGUAAAUAUGUGGGUGCAAAUUUGUUAAUGAAUGAAUGUGAAUGUGUCUAGAUUACUGUGCAUUUUAAAUGUAAAGCAAUAGGCCUUUUUUUUUUUUAAAUAAAUUGUUUCCCAAGA